AUGAACUUCACCUUUUACUCGCCCUUUUUGGGAUUGACUAGGAGAAAAGGAACAGACUGGACCCCGCUGGCACGCUUGUCCCACUAUCAUCUUCCCCACCUCAUUGCGCAGACCCCUCCUUUCGAAUCGAGGUCGUUGGUGACUUUGCGAUACCGCUGUGAAUCUUCCGUGUAUACUCGCCCGCAUUCUCUGUCCCUCCACGAGAGCGAGCUCGAUCCCGCCCUGGGACCCUUCUCUUUCGCCUCGAGGAAGUUUGGAAAGCAGAUUCAGCGCCGCCAGCUUGAUCUUCCUGAAUAUGCUGCCAGCUUUGUCAAUUACAAGGCGCUGAAGAAGUUGAUCAAACAACUCAGUGCUACGCCUACCAUCCCAGCCCAGAAGACUGCGGACGAAACUGCUCAAGAUGAUAAUUUGGACCCCCAAGCCUCCUUGCGGGCCAACAAGGAGGUUUUCUUCUUUCGCUUGGAACGGGAGAUUGAAAAAGUCAACGCCUUCUACCUUCAAAAAGAGUCUGAGUUCUCACUUCGACUCAAAACAUUGGUGGACAAGAAGCGAGUGAUACAGUCUCGUACCAUAUCCAGCUCUAAGGCCCCUUCGAAUUUCAUGGCCCUGUUUGAAGGAUUCCAGCAAUUCGAUGGAGACUUGAACAAGUUACAGCAGUUCGUGGAGAUCAACGAAACCGCUGUCUCGAAGAUACUAAAGAAAUGGGACAAAACGUCCAAAUCGCGCAUGAAAGAGCUUUAUCUCCAACGUGCGGUUGAAGUACAGCCGUGCUUUAAUCGUGAAGUCCUUCGUGACUUAUCUGACCGAGCUACCACAGCCCGGUUGGAAUUGGAAGCCUGGGCCGAAGGCGAGAACUUGCAACUUGAUAUAUCCCGGACUUCGGAGCGUUCUGCUGCGCCCACCUUCGUUAUAGAGGAGGAGGAGUUAGAUCUACAGGUUCUGCAGUCCGCCUCAGCGGGUAAUCUGCAGAUUUUGCGGGAGUGGGUUAACAAACUACAUUCAUUCCCGGAUGCCCGUGACCGAGCAACCCGAACAUUCCUAGCUGCAAUUAAUGGGUUUCCAGACGACGUCCUAGCCCUUCUCCUGGAAAGCGGGCUGGUUGAUAUCCACGCAGAGGACGAUAUAAACGAAAGGAAUUGUCUUCAUGAGGCUGCGAUAUCCGGACGUGAAUUCAUCCUCAAGGCAGGCCUUGCAGCUUCGGUCAAUAUCGCUAGAUCUGACGUUUAUGGCCGAAUCCCCCUACACUAUGCAUGCAUGCACGGCCGGGUGGAUAUGGUACGAGAGUUGUUGAGGGUAGGCCCGGAGUCAGUUGAUAUAAUGGACCAUGACAACUUUACUCCUUUGAUCCACAGCAUUGUGAAACGCCAACUGGCCUGCGCUAAGCAGGUCCUUCUCAGCAAUGCUCGCAUCGACCCGUCUUCUGAAUCUGAUCACAUUCCAUUAAACCUCGCUUGUCAGCAUGGUUCCCACGAGAUUGUGGAGAUGCUUCUCGAACGGAACGCCAAGUUGCUCCCCGAUGCAGAGGGGCUCUAUCCUCAACAUAUGGUAGCCCGGGCCUCUCAAUCCCCCGAGCUCUUGUUACUUCUUAAGGAUCAUGGCGCAGAUCUCGACCAACGUGACAAGCUUUAUCAAUGGACCCCACUAUUCCAUGCGGCUAGCGAGGGCUGUGUUCCAUGUCUGCGGACUCUGCUGGAACUGGGUGUUGAUGCCAACGUCAUUGAUGAGAAGAAUCUGUCCGCCAUGUAUUACGCUGCAUGGGAAGGUCAUCUUGAAUGCAUGAUGCUUCUUUGGGCUCAACCAUCUAACAAAAGGCAGCCAAGCGUCGGCUCGAACGGACUCAUCGAGUUCAGCGCCGUGGACACAGGCUCUGAGAUGGACGCUGUCGAUGGCAUCCCAGACCUUUCCCUCCCACCUCCCAUUAUUCCUCUUCGUCGAUACGGUCAUAACUUCCUGGACAAGAAGGUUUUCAUCCAACUUCUGUUUGAUCAGGGCAAUAAUUGCUCCAUUGCAUUUGACCAAGCUGGGCGCCAUCCAGCUGCCCGCCUCACCAUCUCUUCCAAGGAUGACUCGCGAUCAAUAUCGUUCCAUGUGGAUAACCUGGAGACUUUCACACUGGAUUUUGAGAUUUUUCCAACGUUUGGUUCUAAAGUCAUCGCCAAGAGUGUGGCUUUGCCAGUGGUCUUCCAUGCGGAAAGAUCCAGUACAGGCUCCAGUUGCCUCCCUCUCUUUGACCCGCGGCUUCGGUCGAUAGGUCAACUUCGGUUUAAUUUCCAGGUCAUCAAGCCUUAUCACGGUGACCCAUUGGAGAUCACCCAUUUUGCGACUUACUGGAAGGCAACGGGCGCUGAUUCCGAACACAAUGGGUUGGUUACAGGGUCAAGUCUAUCGGGAGAUUAUGUGCAGCUUUUCGUGCAACUAACGCGUGAUCGCGUACCGGUUCUCUAUCCUCAAUUCAUGAUCAAUCACCAUGGCAUUGAUAUUCCGGUCUGUCAAUUGACCUUUGCACAGUUCCAGGCUAUUGGCGCGGAACGCGGAAUCGACCGACAGCAGACAAUCCAGUUCUUAAGUGCCGAAGCUCAUAGCCAAAUGCCGCAGACACAUCUCCUUUUAGCCGAAUCAUUCAUGUCAUUGCGGGACGCUUUAGAGGUGCUACCUGUUGAAGUGCAUGUCAAUCUUUCCAUCCUCUAUCCCUCGAGUGCCGAAGAAAAGGCAUUGGAGAUGACAUCGCUGGCUGAUGUCAAUAGCUUUGCGGAUUCUAUCUUAACCGAUGUUUUCCAUCAUGCACGUGUCACCCGCAAUAGUCACCCCGACUUUAUGCGUUCCAUUGUAUUCACUUCUUACAACGCCAACAUCUGCAGUGCUCUGAACUGGAAGCAACCGAACUAUCCUGUCCUUCUUUGUAACGAUUUGGGCCAGAUUCGGGAUCUGGCACGCAAUGUGGACAUUCUGCCCGAUGUCAAUAGCAGUGGACGAGCUUCAAUGUCUAUCAAAGAGUCGGCGCGAAUCGCCCAGAGCAACAACUUUAUGGGCUUGAUAUGUCGCUCCAGCCUUUUGAACGUGGUUCCUGCUCUCGUAGAGACCAUCAAGGAACUAGGUCUUGUCCUAGUGGCCGACACCUCCGAUGAGACAGGCCAGCCAGACCGUCAGGAUUCUUUGACGACCGCCGAUCCCAUGGGCGUUGCCGAAUGGGCAUAUCGUAUGCCUGAUGGUGUGAAUGGCACGAUGAAAGCUAACGGUAUCCUCCGGUUCAAUGAUAUGAUCGACAUGUGA